CUUAAGUUGUAGGUCUUCGAACGGCAAUUUCUAACUCCAAUUGUGAAAUCAGAUUCUCUAAGAGGAAGACUCACUAGCUAUUGGGUUGAAAGAUGGAUGCUCUCAAGGUUCAGAUUCUACCUGAGCACCAAUCAUCGCCGUUGUCUACGUACACGCUCGCAAAUCCCAAGUCGAACCCCACAAAAUCGUUGAUCAUGCUACUGAUCAUCGCUUCCGUGGCUGUUACGUUAGGGCUACUGUAUGUUUCCAAUUCAAGUUCAGCUCUAGUCUCCAGACGUUUGCUUUGCCCUAGAACUUCGCUCAGGUACAGCGUCGUUAUCGAUGCCGGGAGUUCGGGGACCCGAGUUCAUGUUUUCGCGUACUGGUUUGAUCAGUACGGUGAACCCGUUUUCGAUUUCGGAGAGAAGCAUUACGCUGAUAUGAAGUUGACUCCUGGUUUGUCAGCGUAUGUGACAUUUGUGUCAAGUGAGCAUGUGCCUCCUGAGUUCUCGCGUACGAUAGCCUAUAAAAAUGUUUCAUACACAAUCUACAGUCAUAGCUUCCUCCACUAUGGGAAGGAUGCAGCUCUAAAAAGGUUACUGGAAUCACUGCAAAACUUAGCUGCGAACUCUACAGGUGAUGGAAUAGUUGAUGACCCUUGUACUCCUAAAGGGUACAUCUACGACACAAGUUCACAGAAAUAUUCAUCCGGAUUCUUAGCUGAUGAAAGCAAAUUGAAAGGCUCCCUUCAAGCUGCUGGCAAUUUCUCAAAAUGCCGAUCCGCUACGUUUGCACUUUUGCAAGAAGGAAAAGAGAAUUGUCUAUAUGAGCAUUGUUCUAUUGGAUCAACAUUCACACCUGAUCUUCAAGGAAGUUUUUUGGCUACAUCAAAUUUCUACUACAGCGCUGAGUUCUUUGAGUUGAAAGCAAAGGGUUGGUUGUCUGAACUGAUUCCAGCUGGGAAGAAAUAUUGUGGAGAAGAAUGGUCAAAACUGAAAUUGGAGUACCCAACAACCGAAGAAGAAUUUUUGCGUGGGUAUUGCUUCUCAUCGGCAUAUAUUAUCUCAAUGCUUCACGAUAGUCUUGGUAUUGCUCUUGAUGAUGAAAGGAUCGCGUAUGCAAGUAACGCAGGAGAAAAACACAUACCACUAGAUUGGGCAUUAGGCGCAUUUAUCCUGGAUACUGUUACACCCACUUCUUAUAAUAACGGUGGUAAAUCUAGAAAAUAUCUUGGCCUUUUUUAAGUAACGUAGCCAAUUACCAAAAAUGAAAUCAUAUAUUUGUAUUCUACGUUAAAUUGUGUUUGAAAGUUGAAACUAUAGUCAUUUUUUUUUUUUAAAUGUAAUAAGUUAGCUACGCCCUUUGGUGGGUGUCAGGGUGUGUAUGAAUAAUUUUCCCCUGCGUGGGAUUCUCUGUUCUCGUUAGUAGGACUGUAUAUUGUAUGCAGUUUUUGUUGUGUUCUUCUCAAUAAUAUAUAAUGUUUUGAAACAUCUCAA